AUGCCUGUUGUCCAUCUGUUAGACUAUGUAGCUGGCAACAUUCGGUCCCUAGUCAACGCCAUUGAAAAGGUUGGAUAUCAAGUUGAAUGGGUAAAAUCGCCAGAAGAUGUGCAGAAUGCUGAGAAACUUAUUUUGCCCGGUGUUGGGCACUUUGGGCAUUGUUUAACGCAGCUCUCAAAUGGAGGAUAUCUUGAGCCAAUAAGAAAGCACAUCGCCUCGGGCAAGCCUUUUAUGGGCAUCUGUGUUGGCAUGCAAGUUCUCUGCGAAGGUUCUGAAGAAGACCCGACUGUUCAUGGUCUGGGGUUGAUACCUAUCCGCCUGGCAAGAUUUGAUUCCACCAGUAAAAGUGUUCCUCAUAUAGGAUGGAAUUCAGCCAAAUGCUCCAGCAAAUCCCCAGGGAAAUACACCAGUCUCUACGGCCUUCAUCCACAGGACAAAUAUUACUAUGUUCAUUCAUACGCGGCUCCUUACGAUGAGAAGGCGCUUGCCGGUCACGGAUGGACGGUUGCGACUGCAACUUACGGGGACGAAACGUUUAUUGGUGCCAUUGGCCGGGAUAAUAUCUUCGCGACACAGUUCCACCCAGAAAAAAGUGGUAAAUCUGGCCUCCGCUCGUUGGAGUUUUUCUUGAAUGGACAAAGCAUUCAAAUUUUGGAUUCCCCUCCAUCCCCAACAAGUGCUAGUGGUCUAACAAGACGAGUUAUUGCGUGUUUGGACGUUCGUACGAACGAUGAUGGUGACUUAGUAGUUACUAAAGGGGAUCAAUAUGAUGUCCGCGAGAAGAGUGGCCACCAAAGUGGAGGACAAGUUAGGAAUUUAGGAAAGCCUGUUGAAAUGGCGAAACGAUACUACGAACAGGGAGCCGACGAGGUAACUUUUUUAAAUAUUACUUCUUUCCGAAAUUGCCCUGUUGUAGACGUCCCAAUGCUGGAGAUUGUGAGGCAAACAUCAGAAACAGUUUUCGUGCCGUUGACAAUCGGCGGCGGCAUUAGGGACACCAUUGACUCCGACGGCUCUACGAUCUGCGCCUUGGAUAUUGCGAAGCUGUAUUUCAAGUCCGGGGCCGAUAAAGUUAGCAUUGGAUCUGAUGCAGUUAUCGCUGCAGAAAAGUACUAUGAGAAUAACCGCACCCUCAGCGGCGGCACCGCAAUUGAGACCAUAUCGAAGGCGUACGGCAACCAAGCUGUAGUGGUCAGUGUUGACCCGAAGCGAAUUUACGUUAAUCGGCCGGAAGACACAACACAUCGAACAAUCAAAACAAAAUAUCCGAAUAACGCCGGCCGAGAAUUCUGCUGGUACCAAUGCACCAUAAAAGGUGGAAGAGAAGGCCGAGAUAUUGACGUUUACCAGCUUAUUAAGGCAGUAGAGGCCAUGGGGGCAGGAGAAAUCCUUCUUAAUUGCAUUGAUAAGGAUGGGACCAACAGCGGCUUUGAUAUUGAGCUCAUCAAUGAUGUCAAAUCCUUUACCACAAUUCCGGUUAUUGCUUCCAGUGGUGCCGGUAACCCCAGUCAUUUCGAGGAAGUUUUUAGGCAAACUACCACCGACGCUGCUCUAGGUGCAGGCAUGUUCCAUCGGAAUGAAUACACUGUGAAGGACGUAAAAAGUUAUUUGUCCUCUAAGGGACUUCUAGUCCGGGUCUGA